AUGAUGGUGCGGAUAACUCCGGCUGUCUCGGCCCAAGAAAUGGAAGCCGACGCGGCCUUGAUGCCCAUGAGUGCUCUCACUCCUAUCGAGCAGAGACACUUACUGAUCCAUGCUGACCAUAACGAGCGCCGGCAAUAUCCGAUCCUGCUCACAAAGAGACAGGAGGCCAAGGAGCAGAAUCGUAUGGAAGAAUACGACAUGAUAACCGAAAUGCUCCGAUCCUUGGUCCUACGGAUGAUAGAUGAUUACCGGCGCCGUCGCAACCAGAAAGCCUUCCCCCCACCGGAGGAAGACUUUAGAAUGGCUGAAACCCUGUCGUCAAAUGCGCCACCAACUGUGGUACCGCCAAAGACGCAGGCACAACCACCAGCGGCUUCAGAGCCAAUGGACACUUCUCCGUCUGGACCUGUGGCCACAGCACCACAGCCAGAACCAGCCCAACCGGAGGAGCAACCGAAGGCCACUUCGUCGGCACAAGAAUCGGCAGGCCAAAAGGCCGAACGGAACCGCCAAAAGAAACAAGCGGCCAAGGACAAGAAGAGUCAAGAGGCCAAGAUCGCUCAGCUAGAAAAGCGGCUGUCAGGCGACGAAGAUGUCCAAGUCCUAUCGGACAGUAUGGACAAGCCACAAGAGCCACCACAAUAUCGUCCAUGGCAAGAAGAGGAAUUUGAGCCAGUUCCCGACGGUGAACCGCCUUCGGAGGAAACAAUGCUCCCCGCGCCGGCGGACGAUGAAGCUGACCUUCCCGACCCUGGACCAGAGGCCACGCACAUUGAGAUCCCAACGGGUCCAUAUGUGCGCCAAUGGGUGGCAGCGGCCAGGAUCAUGAGACUUGACAUUGUCAGGACCAUUAACGCCCUCUACUACAAAGGAGAGGCGGACCAGAACGAACUGGAAAAGGUCAUACUUGACGAGUUAUUAGCAUUGGUCAAGGAUGGAACUUUGGAAACAACUAACGCCUACCGGGCGGAGCCGAUCCGCUUCACUAUUCCUGGGUUCAUCCCGCAGAAGACCCAACGGUCUCUGUAUGUGUCACACGAUGUGGGCACAAAAUGGGAUCCAGACAGAAAGAAAGCGGCUGGACCGCCGAAAGACAAGUUGACCGGCAGAGCCAAGGAGGCAUACUUGAUCUCCCAAGUGGCCAAACUGCCUGGUCCAAAGAAGUUGCCGGUAGAGAAGCCUCCUCGACCAUCCGUCACAAGACGAGAGCUGGCUGCACGCCAAGAAGCGGAAGACGAGAUGCACGCAGCCGGAAUUCGGCCUGUGCCCAGAGACACUGUGUCACUGCCUAACGCAGCUGGCCGGUCCAGACCUCCUUCGCCAGCCUUAUCGGCCACAUCCACAAAGAGCCGAAAGGCCACGGCCACAAAGAAAAGAGGGAAAAAAGAUCCCUCACCGCAGCCAAGUGAUUCGGACUCUGAGGACUCACAACCGGAGGACUCAGAGGAGGACGAACAAGAAGAGCCGGACCAGGACCAAACCAUGGAGUCCCAAAAGUCCGACUCAGACGAUGAUGAUGACCAAAGCCCUGGUAAACUUACCAUGGACCUCCCACCGGACCAUGACAUGGAAAUACCACCCGGUGACGAGAACCAGCCACCUAGCGGUGACCAGGACAUGGAAGACCAGGGUGGCGCAGAAGGUGCCAACCAGGAACACGGCAGCGCAGAAGGCGCUAGCCAAGAAAGUCCGGCCAGCGUAGACAACGCUGAGCCAAGUGGAAGCGCUGCAUCGCCCGAACGGGAAAGGAUGCGCGACUCGACCUCACCAGAAUCAGAUGAUGGCGAGAUUCCAUGGACUUUACCUGACCCGUGCCCGGCCAUACCGCGGAUUGAUUACGUCUCGCCACCAACACCAAAGGUGGCCAGGAAAUGGCCUGGCGGAGACCCUUCUAAAAAACCAAGGAUCUCCAAUUCUGACAAGCGAUGGGCAUACAUUAAGGCGGCCCUAAAGGCGUUGUCCCAAACGGGUACAACCCUUGCUACAGGGGGCUUGGCCUACCAACUCAUCAAGAAAUGGAAUGGCCCACCGCUGUACAAGUCCAAAGUGAUGAAGUACAUAUAUAUGGCUUCUACACUUUCCCACCGGAAAAAGUGGAUAAAGCUCCUCAAGGCUAUUGGGAAUGGCGUAACGCCGUCCUUACAGUGCUGA